CUACCAUCAGCAACAAGCCACUCCAGGGCUCUCUGGGAAGCUAGGCUUUUGUGGAGCUCUUUUUCUUCUUGAGAAGCCUGGCUUUUUGCAGGGAGCCCAGCACCAUCAUGACUGCAGAUACAAAGCAGGACCAGCAGCAGUACUGCUGGGCACUGCACAGCAGCUCAGCUCUGCUGUGAAGCUUCCCAGCUCUUCAAUCCCGGGACACAGCACUAGCAAAAACCAGGUCGGGUUGCGUGAGGAAGCAGAGGGACGAUGGGGUGCUGAAGGUCUGCGUGGCUCCCUGCAAGCGGUGAGGUGCCAGCUGGAUAUCUGUGCCACAGGCAGAGCUCAGGAGGGUAUUGCAGCCCACUCCUUUCCCAGCCAGGCUCAGGCCAUCAGAGGAGGUGUCUGCCCCCUGCGACUGCAUGCUGCCAUUGGCAUUACACAGCCCAAGGACCUGCAUUGCUCUUGAGAGCAGACAUGCUCCCCGAGGGGCUGAAGUGCCUCUCCUGAGAAGAGAACCUUGAGCGAGAUGUCUACUGUCCUGCACCAGCCAGGGUUGGAUUUCAAAGGACACUCACGCUCUUCCAGCCUUAGCCUUCCUCACCCCACAGUGUCUUGCUCACUCCUGGUCUCCCGCUUGCCUGAAAGAAGACAUCAUUAAACCCUGUCCUGCAAGUCAGUGGUGGGUGGGCACGCAGGUCUGUGCAGAGAAGCAGCCGGCAGCCCGUGCUGUACUUAAGAGCUGGAAGCUGCCUUUCUCCAGCCUCCCCUCGGGUCCAUCUGCUGGCCUCCUGUCUGCCUGCGGUCACUGGUGGCUGAGACUCUGUUCAGUGCUAAUGGAUUUCAAACCCCCUGUCUCCAGUGAGAGACAUCUCUAUUGAGGGAUGUUGAUUCCAGUGCUUGGGGGAACCGCUGUGCAGACAGGACCAGAGCUGUGAAUUAGAGAACAUUUAAUCCCGUACUUUGGUGAUGGUAAGUGCUAUGCACCCUGCUGCUGAAAGCCUGGGGUGAGGCAGUGGCUACACCCACCCUGUCCUGAAGUGGAGACUUCCUGGAAUUAUCUACUCAAAGACGGAGAGCAGCAACAAGACUUGCUGGGACCUGUGCUGACUCUUGCCACACAAGAUGACAGCAAGGGACGGGCCCCAAGAUAGGUACAAGGCUGUCUGGCUGAUCUUCUUCAUCCUCGGCCUGGGAACACUGCUGCCAUGGAAUUUCUUUAUGACCGCCAGGGAGUACUUCAUCGGCCGCCUUAAGGACCAGGAGGAGAUGAGCCAUGUCAGGAACCAGACCUCCCAACCCUCCUACCUGGAGUCCAUGUUUGACAACUUCAUGACUCUCUGCGCCAUGGUGCCCCUCCUCAUCUUCACCUGCCUCAACUCCUUCAUCCACCAGCGGAUUCCCCAGCAGAUUCGCAUCUCGGGCAGCCUGGUGGCCAUUGGGCUGGUGUUUUUAGUCACAGCAAUCAUGGUGAAGGUCCCCAUGGACCCUCUUCCCUUCUUUGUCUUUACCAUGAUCUGCAUCGUCUUCAUCAACUCCUUUGGCGCUAUUCUCCAGGGCAGCCUCUUUGGACUGGCAGGGCUCCUGCCUGCCAGCUACACAGCCCCCAUCAUGAGUGGGCAGGGCUUGGCGGGCACCUUUGCUGCUUUGGCGAUGAUCUUCAGUAUUGCCAUUGGUGCCCAGCAACCCGAGAGCUUCAUCGGUUACUUCACCACGGCCUGUGUGGCGAUCGUGCUGGCAAUCUUCUCCUACGUCAUUCUGCCUCGCAUGGAUUUCUUCCGAUACUACUCCAUGAAGGACAAGACAGAGUACCGUGUGUACAAUGCAGAGCUGGAGACCAAGAGAGACCUGAUUAAGAAAGAUGAGAAUGGGAUGGAGCAGAAUAACUCAAAGGUCAUCCCUAUCCACAACCCUGAUGAGAAGCCCUCUGUCAUUGCUAUUUUUAAGAAGCUCUGGGUCAUGGCUCUGUCUGUCUGCUUCGUCUUCACUGUCACCAUCGGCAUCUUUCCUGCCAUCACAGCUAAGGUGUCCACUGUCCUCGGAAAGGGAAACACAUGGGGUCUCUACUUCAUUCCUGUCUCCUGCUUCCUUCUCUUUAAUGUCUUUGACUGGACGGGACGGAGUCUCACUGCCCUCUUCACGUGGCCCGGGAAGGACAGCUGCCUCCUGCCAGCGAUGGUGGUCCUCCGUGUCAUCUUUGUCCCUCUUUUCAUGCUGUGCAACGUGCAACCCCGUUACUACCUGCCUGUGGUGUUCUCUCAUGACGCCUGGUACAUCAUCUUCAUGAUCUUCUUCUCCAUCUCCAAUGGCUACCUGGCCAGCCUCUGCAUGUGCUUCGGGCCCAAGAAAGUGCUUGUGCACGAAGCAGAGACAGCUGGAGCUGUCAUGGCCUUUUUCCUGUCGCUGGGCUUGGCCCUAGGAGCCGCAGUCUCCUUUCUGUUUCGAAUUCUCAUCUAGCAGAGGCACACAGAGGGUGCAGGGACACCAAGAGAUGGCUCCGCAUCCUCCUCCGAGGCCCUGGACACCUCAGCACUGUGGGAAAAUAACACCUCAUGCCUGUCCCUGCCAAAUCACACUGCCACAGCAGACGUUACACCAGGGAUGGUUCCACUCCUGCAGGGUUGGCCUGGCUCCUGCCACGCUCGGCUGUGUGACGCCUUCAGGCCUACGUGCCUUCUCCUUCCCCAUGCUGUGUGUGUCGUAAGACCCCCAGGAUCUCACAGAGGUCCAGCUGCCUCCCACACUGCAUAACUUCCCCAGCUCAAGGCCAGAAGCCAUUUUCAGCCUCUUCCUGUCUGACAGAAUGGAAGGCUGGUAUCCAGUGUUAUUCCUUCUCUUGCCCCUGUCCCCAGUGCAGCUAGAGACUUGCUCUCCUCUCUUCCAGGGGGCCUGCAAAUAUCCCACACCCCUUCUCCUGCUGGUAAGACUUGCGAAUAGGGAGGAGACCCCCAGCCAGCCUCACUACCCCUGCUCUCUGCUAGACGCACAUCCCUCUGUGAAGUGGUAUCCCAGGGGCAUAGACAUCUGUGUCCUGCCCACAUAAAGACCCAAUACUGUGGCCAGGCUGAGGGAGGAGGAGGUCUCCACACCCCACCUUCUCCCACUCUCCUUGCCUCUAUUCCCUUUUGUGGUUUGUUUGGGGUUUUUUUGUGAUUCUGCCAUUGUUUUUCAGCCUCCUGGUUGUAUGACAGGAGGUCCCACUGUGGGCUGCAAGAAGAGGCAGCAAUUCCCUUCCCACCAAGGCUGCAGGGGGGGGGCCUCACCUCUCCCUUGGCUUUCCUGUCCCUUGUCUGUGUAAAUGUGUCUGUACAGUUGCCGUUUUCUAUAAAAAGACCAAAACGCUC